GUUUGCUUUUGGCAAGGAAGUUUGAGGCAAAUAACAGCCAAGCGUUUAUUCAUGCGUUACUGUUUGUUGACAAUGAAUAGAAGGGUCGGUGGUCUACUCAAAUCUCAGAUCUGUAUCCUUUUUAAGUAGGACUGCUUUUCUAGUGGGUUCCCAACGGUUACAAGAUUUGAAAAUUGAAAAAAAAAAAAAAAAAAAAAAAGGGCCAAAAGAAUGCAAAGCCAUUGACAAACCAGAAACCCCACCUUUUGUUUUUGUUUUUUUGUUUUUCCAAAGAUGCCAUUUCCAAUGCCUUUAUCAUCAUAAGCAACUUUCCCAUCCCUACAAAAUCUCUAUAACUCGCAGUCUCACCAACAAUCCAAAAAAAAAAAAAAAAAACACAAUUUCUUCUCGUCUUUCACAACAUACCCAAUGAUCAAAGCCAUGAAAAGGCUCAAGAUCUGGUCCAGAAAGAAGAGAAAGAAAAAGGCCUAUAACUACCUUCCCUACUAUCCUCCUCCUCCUCCUCCUUCCAGGCCGCCACCACCUCCGCCGCUGCCUCAAAUUAAUCACCACUCCUGCUGCUCAUGCUCCCGAGCCGAGCCCUCAGCCCCGCCACUGCCGCAGUCCUUGUGGAUCACGUCUGAAGAAGAAGCCAUUUUGGCUGCACAAGUGGUGCAGCCUGCAGCCCCGGAGUUUGACUAUGCAGCAAUGCCUGAUGAUGAGAUCAGUAAUUCAUCUUACCAGCAGUACAUGGUGCCGGAUCCAGUGUAUGGAAUUCCGGUUUCGACACGCAAUGCUAAAACUGAGAGAUCUGGUGGCCUUUUUGGUUGUGUUCUUGAUUUUGGCAUCCACCUUAUUCGCUGCUUCAUUCCUUGUUACCUCAUCAAAGAAGUUAAGUGAAGUUCUAUUUUAUUUUAUUUUUGGCCUCAAAAUUCAAGGUGUCUAGAAUUUAGACUGCCCUUUUUUAACAUAAAUAAGGGAAUAAUGUGUUAUAAGGAGUCUAUUUGAAGCAUAAGAGGUCUGUAAUUAUACGUCGUGACAACCAGGAAAAGUAUUAUAUAUAUAUAUAUUUAGGCU